AUGGCCCUCGCCAACACACUCUACAGGAGCCUCUUCUCCACCAACUACCUGAUGCUUGCUACUGUUUUCACUGCUGGCUUCGCCUGGGAAAUUGGCUUCAACAACGUUAUGGACAAAGUCUGGGACAACAACAACCGAGGCCGACAAUGGAAGGAUAUCCGACAUAAGUUCCUCGAGGGCGGCGAUGAGGAUGAGGAAUAA